UUCACACCACACACACAGCUUAGCUCUCGCCCAAACCAAACCUCGCCAUGGCGAGCGACGGCGACGCCGCCGCGCCGCUCCUCACGCCGUCCGGCGACAACGACGACGAGCCCCGGCGCCGCCGCAACAUGUUCGCCUUCGGCUGCGCCACGCUCGCCUCCAUGACCACCAUCCUCAUGGGCUACAAUCUCGCGCUGAUGAGCGGCGCGCAGCUGUUCGUCCGGGAGGACAUGGGGCUGAGCGACGCCGAGAUCGAGGUGCUCGCCGGGUCCAUGAACGUGUUCAUGCUGGCGUCCAUCCUCGCCGCCGGCUGGGCGGCGGACACGCUGGGCCGCCGCGGCACGAUCGUGCUGGCGAACGCGUUCCUCAUGGCCGGCGCGCUCGCCAUGUCGCUCGGCGCCACCUACGCCGCGCUCAUGGCGGCGCGGUUCGUGACCAGCGUCGGCGUCGGGUUCGCCCGCGUCGUCGCGCCCGUGUACAACGCCGAGAUCUCGCCGGCGUCGACUCGCGGCGUCUUGACCUCGUUGCUUGACAUGUUCAUCAACGUCGGCAUCCUGCUCAGCUACGUGUCGAACUACGCCUUCGCCGGCCUGCCGGUGCACCUCGGCUGGCGCGUCAUGUUCGCCAUCGGAGCGGUCCCGCCCGUGUUCCUCGCCGCGGCCGUGCUCGCCAUGCCGGAGUCGCCGCGCUGGCUCGCCAUGCGCGGUCGCCACGCCGACGCGCGCGUCGUGCUCGCACGCACCUCCGACUCCGCCGAGGAGGCCGACCUCCGCCUCGAGGAGAUCAAGCACGCCGUCGCGGAGCCGCACGAUGCGGGCGGCGGCGUGUGGCGGGAGCUGCUCUUCCGGCCGUCGGCCAUGGUCCGGCGCAUCCUCGCCACCGUCAUCGGGUUACAGUUCUUCCAGCAAGCGUCCGGCAUCGACGCCAUCGUGCUGUACAGCCCGCUGGUGUUCAAGAAGGCAGGCAUGGCGUCGAACACCUCCGUCCUGGGCGCCACCAUCGCCAUCGGCGUCGUCAAGACGUGCUUCAUCCUCGUCGCCACGCUCCUCUCCGACCGCCUCGGCCGCCGCCCGCUCCUGCUCGCCAGCACGGGCGGCAUGGCCGUCACCCUGACCUCGCUCGCCCUCACGCUCCGCGUCGCGUCGCCGCCGUCCACGGCGAGCUCCGCGGCGUGCGUGGCGUCCGUGGUGGCGUUCGUGGCGGCGUUCUCCGUCGGGCUCGGGCCGACGACGGCGACGUACACGGCGGAGGUGAUGCCGCUGCGGCUGCGCGCGCAGGGCACGGGGCUCGGCGUGGCGGUGAACCGGCUGGCAUGCGGCGCGGUGACCAUGACGUUCAUAUCGCUCGCCGACGGGAUCACCAUGGCCGGGUGCUUCUUCCUCUACGCCGGCGUGGCGGCGGCGGCGUGCGUGUUCGUCUACGUGUGGCUGCCGGAGACGAGGGGGAGAAGCUUGGAGAACAUGGACAUGGUCUUCUCCAAGUGAUUGAGCUCUUGCUUUUUGCACCAAAAUUUUUUUAGACAAAACUCAAUUUGUCUCCAAAUGAUUUGAGGUCUCAUAUGAAGCAAACAUUAUUUCAGCAAAUAAAAGAAAAAUCCAGGUAGCAGAAGACUCUGAAGAAUGAUGUAUUAGCUUUGCUUUUAUUAUCUAAAAAAAAAUUAGCUUUGCUUUUAGGUAGCAGAAGACUCUGAAGAAUGACUCUCACAGUCAUAUUUGUUUUUUUUUAACUUAUAGAAGUUAAAUUUAAACUUGUAUGUUUAUGGAGUGGUAUCACAUACUAA